AUGGGGCUAUUCAACGGCUUGCUCUCCUCGCAAACACAUGUUCUCAUGGCGGCUGAGCAAGGCGCUUCGAUCGAUAGGUUGACCUUUGCCUUUGUGUCCGGCCAAAAUGGGCAUUUGUCCUCCGGACUUACUCCUACUCGUCUACUGUGCACAUGUGAGACUGUAGUUGAGGCGUUUCGUGCAGCCAUUUUGCGACCACCAGCAUGGAGACGAAGGAGGCAUAUUGAGGCGCAGAUGAACUCCACGAAAGAGGACGACAGACCAAAACUGAUCAUAGCUGAACCGAUUGAAUACCUCCUGGAACCGUUGAGAGAGAGUAAUCCGUUCACCAGGAUCAAAGCAAAUCGGAUUUCUGUGCUGAAAGAGGACUUAAACAAACGACGAGAUGCGGAGAGCCAGCGUUUUCGUCAGGAGCGAGACCCCGCAAAAAAACUGCCCAUCGAGCUUCGCCAACGGUACACCGCGCACGCCAAAGUCCGCGAAUUGGUCAAGGAAGAAGACCACCAAGAGCUUGAG